AGAGCUAGCAGCGGUAUGCUAACAUUAGUCAACCGACGGGAUUAAGCUAGGUGUUGUUGUGGAUAAAAGGGGGGGGGGGGAACGCCCCCGGUAUGGUAGACAUGCCUUGACAGCAUUUGUCGGUGCUGGAAGGAAGCUCGUGCAUAGGGGUAGACUGGUUGCGUCAGCUGUUUGAGGAUCAGUUCAUAUCGGGGCACACUGAAUCGGAUGAAACUAGGUCAGGCUGAAUCAGACCAGACUGAUCCAGACGAUACCCCGCCCGUCUCGGAGGCCUGUCCCAGUUUCCUAUCCAGUUGAGGGCUCGAGAGUGGAUGGAAGGAGAUGAUUUUAACACAGAGGCUGUGAUGAACAUCUGUGAUGACCUGAUGGCAGACCAAAGGAUGGACAUCUCGUCUACAAUGACUGACUUCAUGUCACCCGGGUCCACUGACCUCAUCUCCAGCUCCAUCAGCACGCCUGGCAUAGACUACACCCGCAAGAGGAAGGGCAGCACUACAGAUUACCAAAUUGAUGGCUUCUCAUUUGAUGAUAUGGACCCAGACAAAGAUAAACUGGGAAGUGACCAGCAAGGCCGGAUUAAGAAUGCAAGAGAGGCUCAUAGCCAGAUCGAGAAGCGCCGUAGGGACAAAAUGAACAGCUUCAUUGACGAGCUGGCCUCACUGGUGCCCACCUGUAAUGCCAUGUCCCGCAAACUAGACAAGCUUACGGUCCUGCGUAUGGCUGUCCAGCACAUGAAGACACUCAGAGGUGCAGCCAACCCAUACACAGAAGCCAACUACAAGCCCGCCUUUCUCUCUGAUGAUGAGCUGAAGCACUUGAUAUUAAGGGCUGCUGAUGGUUUCCUGUUUGUGGUUGGGUGUGACCGUGGAAAAAUCCUCUUUGUUUCUGAAUCUGUCUACAAGAUUCUCAACUACAGCCAGAACGACCUGAUAGGUCAGAGCCUAUUCGACUACCUUCACCCCAAGGACAUUGCCAAGGUCAAAGAGCAGCUCUCCUCCUCUGACACAGCCCCACGUGAGAGGCUCAUCGAUGCUAAAACAGGUCUUCCAGUGAAGACAGACAUCACCCCCGGCCCAUCUCGUCUCUGCUCUGGAGCCAGGCGCUCCUUUUUCUGCAGGAUGAAGUGCAACCGGCCCUCUGUCAAAGUAGAGGACAAGGACUUUCCCUCCACCUGCUCCAAGAAAAAAGCGGACCGUAAGAGCUUCUGCACCAUCCACAGCACAGGCUACCUGAAGAGCUGGCCUCCCACCAAGAUGGGUCUGGACGAGGACAACGAGCCAGACAACGAGGGCUGCAACCUGAGCUGCCUGGUAGCCAUCGGACGCCUGCACCCCCACAUCGUCCCCCAGCCCAGCCUGGCAGACAUCCGGGUGAAGCCCACGGAGUACGUCUCCCGACACGCCAUCGACGGCAAAUUUGUCUUCGUUGACCAGAGGGCCACAGCCAUCCUAGCUUACCUGCCUCAGGAGCUGCUGGGAACGUCCUUCUAUGAGUACUUCCACCAGGACGAUAUCGGCCACCUAGCAGAGUGCCACAGACAAGUGCUGCAGAUGAGAGAGAAGAUCAACACUAACUGUUACAAAUUCAAGAUCAAAGACGGCUCUUUCAUCACGCUUAGGAGCCGCUGGUUCAGCUUCAUGAACCCCUGGACCAAGGAGGUGGAGUACAUCGUCUCCACCAACACUGUUGUGUCGUGUCCUAUGAUGGAGGGAUCAGACUACCCUCAGUCUGCUGCCUCACCACAGAGCAUGGACAGUGUUCUCACCUCAGAGGGUGGAGGAAGGCGGGCGCUGCAGACGGUCCCUGGCAUCCCCGGUGGCACAAGAGCAGGAGCUGGCAAAAUUGGACGCAUGAUUGCAGAGGAAGUGAUGGAGAUCCAGAGGAUCCGAGGUUCCUCCCCCUCCAGCUGUGGUUCCAGCCCUCUGAACAUCACCAGCGACCCCCCACCUGACACGUGUUCCCCAGGGGGCAAGAAGAUUCAGAAUGGAGGGACACCCGAGCUGCCGAGCACAGGGAUCCUUCCUGGACCUGACUCUGUAGGGUACCCCUACUCCAACCAGUCCAUCAUGAGUGACAACUCCCACCUGAGUAUCGACAUCAUGGACGAACCCGGUUCCAGUAGCCCCAGCAAUGACGAGGCGGCCAUGGCCGUCAUCAUGUCCCUGCUGGAGGCGGAUGCUGGCCUGGGCGGCCCCGUGGACUUCAGCGACCUUCCCUGGCCUUUGUGAGGACGCAGAGGGAGACGGACCUCUAAGCACCAGGGCCCCGAUGGAUAGAGUUCAGCCCUCUGUAACAACUGCAACAAAUAUCCAUCUUAGCUCAUUCUAUUCUCAUAGAAAAGGCUGUAGAUACUAAAGAUUUUCCACACGAGGAGAUCAUUUCAGGCUCUCACUAAUUUCUCAUUCAUCAUUCCCUGUAGGUGCACAAGUAACCCUGAAUUGUUUUGGGAUUUUAUGUAAAUGAUGUGUCAAGAUGAUCCUUUGUGCAGUGUUGCCUGCAGACUGGGUGUCCCUAGCAUUGCCACGAUGAGAGAGCAUUUCUCUAACGGCAGGUCCCAGGAUGCAGCGGGAAUGAGUCUGCUGGUGGACUGAACUCUGUCCAUCAGGGGCUCUGGGCCUGUCAUUGCCACAGGAUUCCUGAGACAUUCACAAACAGCUAAACAUCUCAAACUAUACUGGUGGACUGAUGUGUUGAUGCCAUCCAGACACGACUGCGGUGCACGUGAUCCAAACACACACAGCACGCUGAAACGGUUGAUUCAAAACAAAGAGCAUUCAUAUUAAAACCCCUUGAUUUGUGAGUGUGCUGGUGACGCUCACCAUCAAUGCACAAAGAAAAAAAUAGAAUCCAAAGUGAUUGUGGAUAGUGAGAAUGCUCCAGGAACACUUAAGAAAACUAAAAUAUCAGAAGUUUCAGUUCAAUUGACAUUGAAUGUUCUAAUAAUUGUAUAUUUUCAUAUAAUGGCAAAAAAACUAAUUCAGUAUACCAUAUAAGGAAGUACGUAGUAUACACUGUAGGUGAUUAUGUAGUAUGGAAUUGAGACAGCUUUGGCAUCCGCCCUGACCACGCAUUCUGGGAGAGGCCAUAUCUCCAGUGAAAAACACAAUACACAACAAUGGAAGGUGGAUGGACUGCACAGUUUACAUUCUGGUGACCUCAUCAGCAGCAGCAAGUAUGUAUAUGACACAUGCAUAUGUGUGCAUAUGAGUACUGCUGAUAGCAGGUCUGUUCAGAUCCGCUCACCAAUGCGACACAGAGCCAGUGAAGAAAACUGCUUGGCUCUCGUGUGUGUUUACUGGUCCACCAUGACUAAGGUGGAGCUGCAGCUGUGGGCUGAGCUGUAUGUCUCUUUUAAAACACUAAAAAGAGGUGAGCCAAUCACACUCCUUCCCUGCUGUCUCCAGGCAAACACAUGUUAGCAGGCUAAUGGCAUUAGCACGUUGACAGAAAUACCUGGUGGUCUGGGUCACAAUCUCACUCGACACCAUUACUCUUCAAAAGCAGUUUAUAAUGCAGUUAGACUCACUAAACAGGAGGGCUGGAUCUGGAUCAGUGUUCUAUCAGGCCCUAAUACCUUGAAUAGUGAAUCUGAGCUUCAGAUGAAAACAGGAACAGACCCCUUUUAACUAGGAUCUGUUUGAUUUGAUAAUACUCCGAUGCACUGCGCCUACAUGCAAACCAUGCUGUUCGCAGAGAGGGCUGGAAUGUAGACAGGGCGAGUAAGUGACUGUCUAAAGGGGCGGCCAGGAGGGUCUGAGUGCAACGCUUCAUUUCUUUGUGGGGGACUGGGUCGGUGGUAGAGCAGGGUCGUCUUUCAAUCAGGAUCGGUGGUUCGAUCGGCGGUUUGAUCCCCGGCUCCGCUAGCCGGUUGAUGUGUCCUUGGGCAAGACACUUAACCUGAAAUUGCUCUCGUAACUGUUCUACAAUGUAUGAAUGUUAGUUAGAGUCCUGAUGGGCAGGUGGCACCUUGCAUGGUAGCUCCUCCCAUUAGUGUAUGAAUCCUUGUGAAUGAUGUCAUGGUUAAAGAGCUUUGAGUGGUCCGAAGACUAGAAAAGAUCUAUAUACAGGUCCAUUCACCAUUAUUGUGGUUUUUUCCUCCUGAUAUUGGAAAUCCUCAACAUCUUGUUCAUCUCGCCAGAUCUCUGCUGCUCACAGGCGGUCGGCCUGCCUGUAUGGGGAGGAAAUAUCUCUCUCUCUCUCUCUCUCUCUCUC